UGUAUCUUUCAAGAUACGUAUCAAUUAGGCCAGCCUCGUUUUGAAAUAAUUUACGCUAUCCCAUAAUUUUCCAAAAUGGCGGAGCCGGCUACUGUUGAAUCAAGUCCAGAUACUGAUCGUGACUUUGAUCCAAGUGCCGAGCAGCUAGUCAAUGAUUUUGAUGAUGAGCGCACAAUGGAAGAGGAUGAAGAGGCCCUCAGUAGUGAAAGUUAUACUGGCGAGGUCAAUGACCUUGAAAAGGAGGGUGAUAUGCCAAUAGAACAACUGUUAGCCAUGUAUGGGUAUGGCGGAACAGAACCUCAGGAAUCAAGGUCCAGCAGUGAAGAAGAGAUACUCAGUAACAAUGAUCUUACACUUGAUAAAGAUGAAGUGGCUAGGGAUUUGUUGACAGAGGAUGAUAAUAAAGAGACAAGUGCUGAUGAUUUAAUGGACAGUGUCGGAGAUGUACCCCCAGUUUCAUCUACAGCACGUCUUCUCAGAUCUCAGUCUCAAGGUAGCAGUUCAGAGGAGGAGUCAGAAGAUGAAGAUUAUGAACCUGAAAAUGACCCAAUGGCAGUCAACGACUGGAAAAAGACUAUACAAGUAGGACAUGACUACCAAGCCCAGGUGCCCCAGGGAUUGUGCAAAUAUGGAGAUGCCCCCGCAUAUGAGAAUGAAGACAGGCUGCUAUGGGAUCCAUGUAAACUUGAGGAAACUGAAGUUGAGACGUACAUGAAGGAAGUCCAACAACAGAACUACCAUACAGCUACAGGCGUAGCUGCUGUUCCCCAAGGUAUACAUGUCAGAGAUGAUGAACAGGCGCUUUACCUCUUACUGCAAUGCGGAAACAAUAUGGAAGAGGCUUUACGACGACGUAAAAUGCAAGCUGUCCCUCCAACAGAUCCGAUGAGUCUCUGGUCUGAAGAGGAGUGUCGCAAUUUUGAAAAUGGACUCAAGCAUUAUGGAAAAGAUUUCCACCUCAUACAGCAAAAUAAAGUGCGAACUCGUUCGACGGGGGAACUUGUUACAUUCUACUAUUUAUGGAAAAAGACAGAACGUCAUGAUGCAUUUACGAACAAAAAUCGUCUGGAGAAAAAGAAGUAUGCAUUACACCCAGGCACAACGGACUAUAUGGAUCGGUUUCUGGAUGACCAAGAGAAUCCCACAGCUCUUGCCCCUCAGCGAGAACGUUCCUCAUCGCCUAGCGUUAACUCCUUGCUCUUCUCAGACCACCAAAAGAGACAAUACAGACAGGAUGGGUCAGAGACUGGUCACUUCUCACCGAUCAAAUUCAACCCGGAGCUAAUGACGGGUACGACAACUAUGCCGACCAGUCUCCCAGCUGACCCCACUCCUGCUGUCUCUGUUAAUCCUACCCCAAUAAUGAGCAACCAAAGUGAACUCAAUAUGGUGCAUAUAGCAAACUUUACCACCAGCAUUUUAUCAGGGGAUCAGACUGUAGAGCCAAGUGCUAAAAGACUAAAAAUUGAGCAAGAUAGAGACCCAAGUAUAGCACCCUUACCAUCCCCACCAGCUGAGAAAAAUGGAGUUGAGAAUAAUGCCACGAAAAUUGGCCAAGUCGUUACAAACAAUCAUCACACACCAAUGGAGCUCUCUAUAUCAGGAGUUGAAUCAGUAUCUCCAGUUAAGGAGAGCUCAGUUAUGAAAGGUGUUGUUCCAGAGGAGAGCCAUAAUAUACAAACAGCGCAAUCUUUAGCACAAUGACACAUUCCAGACCAUACGCUAGAGCAUGUGCAAUAGCGUUGUCUUGUCCCAUACAUAAGAGACAUUUCUAUUAUUUUUAAUCAUGUUAACCAAGGCCAUGCUUCAUUUGAUAUUAUGAAUGAUCAAUUGAGUAUCUUACUUAUAAAAAUAUCAUUACACAAAAUCAUGUUUAUACAUUAUUUAAUUGAUUACAAUUGUAUAUGAAUUUCAUUCAAUGGAAACAUUGAAUUGCCUUAAUACUGAAAUUUAUUGUGCAAUUUAGUGUUCUAACAGUAUUGUUAGAAUGUAGAAGUGUAUCCCCAAUGAGUGUACACCCACAAGUGUAUUGGGCUCAUAGAAAGGUGUGUCCAAAUUCAGCUAAUGACUAACCAUGACUUACUAUAAUAUACAGGGUGUCAGGUAAUUUUAGAGCUUCUAAACUAACACAAUAAUAGGAAAUUUAAAAAAGAAAAUAAGUUGUACAUAGCGUGAGAAUUGAUAUAUAUUGUACAUAAAACAGA